GUGCUCAACACUCUUCCACCAUGCAAUAUAAUAAUGUUUUUGCUACUACUAAUAGUAGCCUAUCAUCUGAGGAUGCAAGCUAUGAUGAGAAGCAUGGUAAGAGUAAUAGCUCAAACUCCAUAAUCUCUCAAGAUGUUGCUUCACACAAACAUUCAGCACCGUCUCUAUCCACCUUCAUUUUGUCGUUUGAAAACUCAUCGGUGGAACCAGCUCUCCAAGAUAGACCCAACAACUCCCCUAAACAUUUUGGUGGGGAUGCUACAUGUUCUUCCAUCAUGUCUUCAAAAAGAACAUUGGGUAACCAUAUCACUAAGCCCAAGGUCAAGCAAGGAAACAAGAAAUUUAGAAGCUCAUCAGAGAUUCAAGAUCACAUAUUGGCCGAGAGAAAAAGGAGGCAAGAACUCACUGAGAGGUUCAUAGCACUUUCUGCCACCAUACCCGGAUUGAAGAAGACAGACAAGGCCUAUAUACUUCGUGAAGCAAUAAAUUAUAUGAAACAACUUCAAGAGCGAGUGGAAGAGCUAGAGAAUCAAAACAAGAGAAGAAGAACAGAUUCAGUAAUAUGUAUAAAGAAAUCCAAGGUUAGUGCAAAAGAGGAAUCCACGUCGUGUGAAAGAAACUUUGAUAGUGGAUAUCGAUCUCCAACGCCAUUACCUCAAGUUGAAGCAAGAGUCUUGGAAAAGGAAGUUCUCAUUGGAAUCCACUGUGAGAAACAAAAGGAUAUUGUGCUCAAAAUCAUGGCCUUGCUUCAAAAUCUUCAUCUUUCUCUUGCUAGCAGUAGUGUAUUGCCAUUUGGAACCUCCACUCUCAAAGUUACAAUCAUUGCUCAGAUGGACGAUAAAUACUGCCUUACAGUGAAUGAUUUAGUAAAAAGCCUAAGGAAAGAUCUCUUAAAGUCACAUGGCAUUCAAAAAUAAUAUUCCUAAGAGAGGUUUGCAGAAUUUUAGUUUGGCU